UAGAUAUGUACAAAACAUAUUACAGAUUAAGACGUAAGGAAACCCGAUACUGAAAGAUUGGAAAGUUCCGGCUGGAGGAGCAAAAUGUGACGGUCGAUUCUGCACUGUGCUCUUUGUACGCUAAGACACAACAAAUCUGGUGAAAUUAAAAUGCCUCAACACAAAAAACUGGUAGCUCAAAGGCGUCCAAACCAAAGUAAAAAAACUUCUCCUGCCACAAGUAAUCAAACGAAGACAAUUUCUUGUAGUGUAUGCCAUAAUGAAAAACUUGAUGUACAUCCAAUCGGAAGCAGCAAAAUUACUGAAAUAGUGGGAUGUAAUUUUUGCAGACUUCGAUAUUUGCGUGUGAAGCUCACCGUGCACGAGACUGAUUUCAGUCUUUUCUGUAUCUACUGUUAUCAGACAUUUAGCGAUAAAGACAAUUUUCAUCUCCAUCUUCAGCAGCAUGGGGAUUUUCUCAGAAUGUCACCCUUCAAUAUUUCAAAUUCUUUGCAACAAAUUGCUAAUUCAGAGGACCAGGUGGUCAGUUUGGCAAAAGGUGAGAAGCCCCAAUUCACAAGACAGAACUCCAAAGGAUUCCAAUUCACCUCACAGCAAAGUCCAGAAAAUUCAAUCGAGGAUGUUGUAGGAACGAUGCUGACCCUGGGUUCUUCUCUGAACAUUCUAAAUUCUGAUUCACAACCUGUCCGUGAGAAGAAGAUUCCCCCUGGUUUAUCAAGAGCUGACACAAUAAUAAUCCAACCUCAAGUCCAGACUGGGUACAUCGAACCCUCAGGAAUUCACACCAGGUCCAGUGCAAUCAGAAAGAAAAUUGCCACAAGACAGUCCAGAGCAUCAGGUCUCGAGUCGUCCAAAGCAUCAGGUCUCGAGUCAUCCAGAGCAUCAGGUCUCGAGUCGUCCAGAGCAUCAGGUCUCGAGUCCAGUGAUACAUUAGACCUGUCUUCGUUGCAUGUAGUUUCACAGUCAGUCAUUGCUAGACAGAGUUCUAACGCCAGCGAUACCACUACCAUCGUAACUGAUGGAGAAACAUCGUCAGGAAAGAGCAGCCUGAAAAAAGACGAUACCAUCAUAUUGGAGGUGUUGGAUAAUGACGGAAAUAAAUCAGAUCAAAUUUUACUGACUUCUGUGUCUUCCAUGGAUAAAAUUUCUGACCUUGACUUCACUUCACUGUGUCAAAGUAUCUUAGGCCCUCAAACUUCUUUUGAAGGGAAGCUUGCCAGUGAAGAUACAAUUGAUCGAAUUCUGCCGGGAUUUAGUAUGUCCAUUAUCAACCUCCUACAGGAGGACGAAAUGAUCAUUGUUAAUGACCAGAAUCAAGGAAAGUCGUUUCAGAUUCGUCGAGUUCCAAGCGAGUCUGUCCCAGCAAAUAAUCCCAAUACUGUCCAAGAAUCACCAUCAAACACCGAAAGUCAGAGUCUGGUAAUACCCCAAAGGAACCCCUCAAAACGAGGAAAGCAACCAGAUCCCGAGAAAACUCCCAGAUUGAGGGACACACGAAAGAGGCGUACAUCACCCAAGGAGGAGGAGGAGGCAACAGACAAAAAACGAGGUCGCCAUGUCGAAAAAGAACAGCACACUUGUCCAGAUUGUGGCAAGGUGUUUAGUAGGCGAUACAACCUCAAAGUUCAUCGCUAUGUUCACUCUGAGCAGAAAAUGUUCGAGUGCGAAAAGUGUCAGCAACAGUUCAAACAUGUCAGUCUUCUCCGCAAUCACAUGCGAAUCAAGCACUCCGGCAACAAGCCAUUCACCUGCAACACAUGUGGACAGGGCUUUAUUCACAAUAACUACCUCCAGCGGCAUAUGUUGUUACACAUUUCAGAGGUCUGUGUAUGCUGCGAUGAGAAGUUUGAAUCACGACGACAGUUUAAUGCCCAUGUUAGAAGUGUCCACGUGAGAUCCGAUUCUUCCAAACACUGUCAGAAGUGUGACCUUACGUUUGUUUCUCUAUUAGAGCUCUGUCAACAUUUGCUGGGGAUAAGUGAGGCACAUCAGUGAAACUGUAGCUGGAUAAAAUACAGUGGUGAAUUGAACAGAUCUCGUGGUAUUUGUACACACAAAAUUUUGAUUUAUUUUUAUGCCCCCAUAAUGGGAAAUUUGGGGCCAUAUAGUUUUUGGUCUGUCAGUCCACAAAAACUUUAAAUUAGGCCACAACUUUUGAAUUUUGUAUUCCACAUGUGUAUUUCUUGUGACAAGACCUUUCUUUUGGUACCAGAAUCACUUUGCUGCCAUAUUGGGGCAUCAAUGUGUCACAAAAACAUCUUAUGCAUGAUUUAUCAUUGAAAUGUAGCAUUGUUUGAGCGAGAUAUAGAUAUUAAAUUAGAAUUGAAUGGUGCCCCCUUGUUUAGAGUGUAAAUUGCUAGUCUUAACUUUGAUAUACAGGCCGGCCGGUAACAUUCAUUUUCAUUCCAAUCAAAGACACAGACUAAAUAAACAGAAUUCCUUGUUCAAUAUUUUGUUAGGAUACAAUACAUCUUGAAGUUUCACAGGACAAAACACUAAAAACCAAAAUUUAAUGUUCUACUAGCCUGUUGUUUAAAUUCACAGUACUCAAGUAUUUAAAUCUGAACUUCUCUGUACUCGAAUUCACUCUGAACAUUUAGUCCAGAAGUUGGUUUCAGUUUUCUGGGACAGUCCAAAUACAGUACCUCCUUUUCUCCCAAGAGCUUCAGUUCUGCAGCUAUAUAAGUCUGCAUAUGAGAACUGACGAUAAUUUAAUGAAUAUAAGGUCAUGCAAUUUAUGUACCUGCCUUACAGAACUUUCUGCUCGUUGUCAAGAAUCUCUUGUGUUUAGCUUCCCUGACUGUUUCAUGUUCAUCAUCCUUCAAUAUAUAGUAUUUCUUAUACAGUUGACUGAUUUUUAAAGACCCAUUUUGGGUCCAAAUAUCACCCCUUUCCCCUCCCAAAAAUUACCCAUUUUUCCCAAAUCUUACUUACACUUUUCCUAAUAAUAAAAACUGGCAAAAACAUAUUUGUCAAAAAUUAACUUCUAUGUGAAUAGUUUACGUACGUGACAAAGUCGCAUCAAUGCUAGAUGAAGUUAAAUAAAAGAAUUGCAUCAAUUUGUGUUUGAUACGAUAUAUUAAGCUUAUUUACAGUGAUUCUGGUUUUUCCCAAUUCAACCAACAUGUUGACAAUUUUUCCAAAUUCAAAAACCACAGGACCCUUUUGAAAAAUCACUGAUUUGAACUUGGUAUCCCGAGCACCGAUAUCUCAAUUACCAUGGAUGUCGAAGUGAUUCGGAAAUCCCAACCACUUUUUCUAUGAAAUAUUUUACCCUUGAUAUCUCGAAUCCUUGGAUAUCUCGGAAUUUUUUUUUUGGUCUCAUUGAGUUUGAGAUAACGAGGUUUGACUGUAUGCUGAUCAAUGCAUCAUGUGAAGGGAAAUUCAUGUUUGUUCAAAUGAAGGGCUAUGAUCAAGAAAAGGCAAAAAAAUAGGGUGGGUCAUUGAAAGAUCUUCUCAACCACUGGGUGUCAAAAAAGAUGAAACAUUGGGGUCAUAAUACAGGGGCGUAGCUUCAUUACGCUCGAGUAGGCAUGUGCCUACACAUUUUAUCAUUUUGAAAACAUUUUUGUCCAUAAAUAUUUGCAUAAAAUAUGUUCAUAUAUAUUUCUAGUUUUUAAAAUCAGAUAUAAAGUUAUUAUUCCAUCAGGACUUUUCUUUUUAUAAUGUAUUCUACAUGAUAUAUAAAUAAUGAUUGUAAUUUUUUACAUGAUGAUGCAGAUCACCAGAACUCGCUCGACUUAACAGUUUAAAAAUCUUCGAAAAGUUGUACAAUAUUUAAUAUCCAUUGCAAUUGUUUUUAUGCUCAGUAGUGCAAUGAGUCCCAAUAUUUUUUAAAAAUUUUGGGGGUGAUCCCCAAGAGGGAGGGGACAAUCCCUUCCUGCACCUAACUCCUUCAGCGCUUCGCACCUUGGUUAAACCUUCAUUUUUCGGGCCUACAAAUUGAAAUAGUCUUAGCUUCGUCCCUGUAAUAUAGGGGUCAAAAUUUGUCAUGGGAUUAAAGAGGGUAAAGAUCUCUUUUAAAAUCUUCUGAUAAAAAGCAGGCCCAAGGGUGAAUUAGGUGAACGUCGAGGCCCCGGGGUCUCUUGCUAAGGGUUUCUAUGUGUACGAAGUAGAUAGAAAUAGACAUUUUGACAAACCUCAGGGGUGGUCACACAGUGAAUGCUUAGUUAAUUAAUGAUGCCUUACAAUUAUGCAGAUUCCAGAACUUGGUCUGCUGCAUUUGUUGGAGGCAGCGCUACAUCUCUAUUUCAAGCAUCUGAUCUUUUUUUUUUAAUGGAUUAUAAUUGCUCACAAUCAUCGUUAAUGUGGAGUUUUUUGUCAUGAAUGCAUGGUUGAACAAUAUUGCCCUUUAUCACAUCCUUUAAUUUAAAAGUAUAAUGUGAGUUUUGGUUUUUGCACCCCAAACAACAAUGUGCUUGUAGUAAAAUAAAGUCUUUGUAACAUGAUUCUUCCUCCAUGUGUUAGUAUGGAUUCUAUAAAAUCUUAAGAAAUCUCAAAAUAGCUGCUUAGCUUGUGUACACAUUAAUUUUGGGAAGUUAUAUAAUCAUGCAUGUAAAACCACAGGACUGUCCCCGAUUUGAACAAAGAACUAAAGUAUAUGAUACAGCC